AUGCAGCGCGACGAUGGCUUUGUGUACUGUUACGGAAACUUGUACAGCCUCCUGCUCUACUGGGGAUUGGUCACAAUCCGGGUGAGAAGUCCUGAUCGUGGAGGAGCGGUCUCAAACAGGUGGACUGUGUGCUACGCCCUGUUCGCGCGCUUCUUUAUGGUCAUCUGCUUUAUGGCUAGCGUGAUGACUAAGUUGAGGGAUCCCGAGAUGUCCGCUGCCAUGUUUGGACACCUCAGCCCGUUGGUCAAGGCGAUAUUCACCUGGGAGUGCCUCAGCUGCUCGAUCACCUACAUUGAGUACUGCCUUUCGCUGGACUCGCAGAGAAACAGACACUUGAAACUCCUGGCUAGGAUGCAAGAGUUCGAUCAGUCCGUUUUGGUGGUGUUCCCUCAUGUUCAGUGGAACUAUAGACGCGCUCGCUUGAAGUAUUGGUAUGGCACUCUGAUUGUCGGCUUUUGCUUUCUCUCCUUUUCCGUCUCACUGAUCUUCGAUACGACGCGUUGCACAUGCGGCAUACCGUCCACCAUGCUGAUGGCCUUCACCUACACCUUGCUGACCAGUUCCGUAGGAUUGCUGGGUUUUGUGCACAUAGCUAUUAUGGACUUCAUAAGGGUUCGUCUGCGUCUGGUGCAGCAGUUGCUUCAACAAUUUUACCAAGCGGAUGACAGUUCAGAGGUGCACGAAAGGAUUGCUUAUCUUUUCGAAAUGUCCAAGCGCUGUUCGUUCCUCCUGGCGGAGUUAAAUGGAGUUUUUGGAUUCGCCGCAGCUGCUGGUAUCUUUUACGAUUUCACUAUCAUGACCUGCUUCGUGUACGUCAUCUGCCAAAAGCUGCUGGAGAGAGAGCCCUGGGAUCCCGAGUACGCCUUCAUGUUGCUGCACGUGGCCAUACACACCUACAAAGUGGUCAUCACUAGCACCUAUGGGUAUUUACUUCUGCGGGAGAAGCGCAACUGUAUGCAUUUGUUGAGCCAGUACUCUCGAUACUUCUCCGGACAGGAUGUGGCUCGCCGGCAAACGGAGGACUUUCAGCAUUGGCGCAUGCACAAUCGGCAGGCGGCAAUGGUGGGCAGCACAACUUUGCUCAGUGUUUCUACCAUCUACCUGGUGUACAACGGUAUGGCCAACUAUGUGAUUAUCCUGGUGCAGCUGCUCUUUCAACAACAGCAAAUCAAGGAUCACCAGUUGACAUCGGGCAAAGAUGUGGACAUUGUGGGGCCAAUGGGACCCAUUACUCACUUGGAUUAAAACAGUUGCUAUUGCAUUGAAAACGAUUUGCUUCUGUUUAUUAUCCAUUAAUACUAUUCAAUAAAACAAUUUGGCUUAUUACUUCUUUAAAGUUUAGUUGAUUGCUUCCUUUGGUACUGCUUGCCAGCCGAAUCCUUCGAAGAGGAUCUUGAUCACCGGCUCAAAGUCGAAUGGUAGCCUCUUAUCCUGCGGCCAUGGGACUUUAAAAGGAUGCACAGUAUGCAAUGAUUAAGAAAUCGAUUUGUUAUCUCAUCCUAUUACCAAUAUCGAAGCAUUUAAAAUCAAAUGGGAGGUCAGUAAUUCAUUAGCCAUGUCUAUACUAAGUACAAAGUCCGGGACAGCAACAACAUCGCAAUCCUUCGCUUUGCCGAAUAAACCGGCGGCCAUGUAUUUCAAAUAUUUUUUAAAUGUGGAGCCCAAUUAGGUGUUAUUUUUAACUAGCUAGUGGGCUAGUGGGAAUAUAUAAAACA